CAACUUGAUUCACAUGAUGUUGGUCUUAUCUUUGUUCGUGAAUAUUAUACUUUCUUAAAUAAGAAGCCACAUAGGCUUCAUGCUUUUUAUAGCAAGGAUUCCCUUUUUGUUAGAGGUGAUGAAGGCUCCGUUUCUACUACUGUAAAAGGACAAGAGGAAAUUCGCAAAAAAAUUGAAGAAUGUAAGUUUGAAGAUUGUAAAGUUUUAGUUACUCAGGUAGAUAGUCAAUUAUCUGCCAACAAUGGCAUCUUGAUUCAAGUUUUGGGUGAAAUGUGUAAUCAAAAUGGUCCUUCUCAAAAGUUUAGCCAAACUUUCUUUUUGGCUACUCAGCCCAAUGGUUAUUAUGUACUUAAUGACAUUUUCAGAUUCUUGAAAGAUGAGGUAGAAAUUGAUUAUUAUACUUGUGAUCAAGGUCAAGGUCCAGUUGAACAACAACAACAACAACAACAAUCAACAGCCACUUCUUCUUCUUCUCCUCCUCCUCCUCCUCCUGCUAGUGUUGCUACAACAAUCACAAAUGCUAAUGCAACUCCUAUUCCUACUGCUACUAGUCCAGUUGUUUCUAAUGCUGCUGCUCCUACUACCACUACUACCAGUGCUGUAGCAUCUACUGCUUCACCUGUUGUAACUCAAAAAGCAAUCACUCCUACUUCUGAACAACCAGAAAAAAAGAAAGAGGAAGAAAAGAAAUCAGAAGAAGAUAAGAAAUCAGAGGAAGAAAUUAAAAAAGAACAAGUAAAGAAAUGGGCUGAGGAUGUUAAUGUUGCUAAUGAGACUAAAAAAGCCUCUGAAGUAACUGCUACAGAAUCUACUACUCUUGCUCAGACAGAUGAAAAGAAAAAGAAAACUGAGUCUAAACAACAACAGAAAUCAGAGGUUAAUAAUAAACAAACAAAACAACAACAACAACAACAAAAUGAAAAGCCUGCUAUUGUUAGUGGCGCAUCAACUCCUACACCAACACCAGCUCCUGCAAAUAAACCAGCUAUACCAAAAACUUGGGCUAAUUUAACUGCCGCAGCUGCAGCAAAUACAACUACUUCAAAUACAGAAAAGACUGCUGUUACACCUGCUUCUUCUAAUACCACAACUACUACUGCCGCCCCUACUACUACUACUACUACUACUACUACUACGCAUCAUGCUCCUACAGCCAAUCAUACUUCCACAGAAAAAACAACCAAUGUUACUAAUCAACAAAAUAAAGGGCCCAAUACCCGUAAAGGCAACAAAGAUGCUACAAAUAUUUUUGUUAAAUUGGUCAAUGAAGCCAUUAGUGAAGAUCAACUUUUGGAAGCAUUUAAUAAGAUUGGUUCAGUUAAAACAUUAAGUAUUUCACGUAAUAGAAAUUGUGCUUUUGUAGAAUUUAAUUCCCCUGAAUCCUGUCAAAAAGCCUUGACACAACAUAAAGUGCAAGUGUCAGGAGGACAUACUGUUUUAGCAGAAGAACGUCGUUAUAAUAAUCAAAAUAAUCAAAAUAAUAAUCGCUAUAAUAAUCAACAAGGAAGAAAUAAUAAUCAAUCUUACCGACAAAAUCAAAAUAAUAACAAUAAUAACAAUAAUCGUAGAAAUAAUAACCAAGCAUCUCGACAACAGCAAAAUAAAGGAAGAGGAAAUCAGCAACAACAACAACAACAACAAAAAUAG